AGCUGCCGCCAUGUCAAUGAAAGCAUCCGAGAGUCUCCGCACUAUCGAAAAUGGCGACUCCCAUGUGGACUCGAACCGUCCGUCAAGGUUGUUGUCGACUUUGUCUUCUACAGAAUGUGAAACCCAGAAAGUUCAGCAGUAAAGGACAAGCACCUAGUGGCUUUUCCAAAGUUUCAUUGUCAAAGCGGUUACCGGGGUUACCACUUCCAAAGUAUGCUACUGUUGAAAACCAGAAACAGGUGACACAGGUGACUACACUAGAAAAUGGACUGCGAGUGGCGUCGGAGAACAAAUUUGGACACUUCUGUACUGUAGGAGUUUUAGUCGACUCUGGAUCAAGAUAUGAAGUUGCUUAUCCAAGCGGAAUAUCACAUGUUUUGGAAAAAUUAGCCUUUAAUUCCACAACACAAUAUAGCCGUGAACAAAUUUUUGAGAUCUUAGAAAAACAUGGUGGAAUCACAGAUUGCAUGUCGGCCAGAGAUACAUUGAUUUAUGCCAUGUCAGCAGAGUCGACGGCACUUCCUUUAUUGUCCAACAUUCUGGCUGAGGUUACCCUCAGGCCACAGUUCACAGAACAAGAGAUUGAGGAUACCAGGAACAUAGUGGAAUAUGAGCUUGAAUCUGUGGAAACAAACCCUCAACCUGAACCCAUACUUAUAGAAUUGUCACAUGCAGCGGCGUACCAGAAUAACACAUUAGGUCUGCCCAAGCUGUGUCCGAAGGAGACCAUCCCCAUCAUAGACCGCAGCACCCUUCUGUCUUACAUGUACCACCAUCACACUCCCGACAGGAUGGUGGUAGCCGGCGUUGGUGUUGAUCACCAGCAGUUUGUUGAAGCGGUCAAGGAAAGCUUUCUAAACAAACAGCCAGUAUGGCAGGAUGACCCCAAACUCAUCCACCCAUCGGCUGCCUGUGAUAAAUCUGUAGCUCAGUAUACAGGUGGUGAUGUCAGGGUAAAUAAGGACUUGUCGGACGUUAGUCUGGGCCCUAACCCCAUGCCUGACCUUGCCCACCUCGUCAUAGGCUUGGAGAGCUGUUCCCACAAGGAGGAGGAUUUUGUGGCGUUCUGUGUACUUAACAUCCUACUGGGGGGUGGCAGUUCCUUCUCCUCAGGAGGACCUGGCAAGGGCAUGUACACCCGUCUUUAUACCAACGUUCUCAACAGAUACCAUUGGAUAAAUAGUGCAUCUGCUGUGAAUAACGCUUACGAAGACACAGGUUUCUUCUGCAUCCAUUGUAGCUCUCAUCCAGACCGGUUGGGUGAGCUGGCUGAGGUUAUCAUUCAGGAACUGUGUAAUACAGCUGGCAACAUUCGUAAUGACGAGCUGGAACGAGCCAAGACCCAGCUACAGUCCAUGUUACUGAUGAACCUAGAGAUGCGUCCCGUCAUGUUUGAGGAUGUCGGGCGGCAGGUCCUCGCCAAUGGAUACAGACGGCCCGUUGAGUACUAUUUUGAGGCUAUCGGUAAGAUCACAGCUGCUGAUGUACAAAGGGUGGGAAGUCGCAUGCUGAAGACAAAGCUGAGUGUGGCCGCCUACGGAAACCUGAAGAAACUACCAUCCUACGAGGACAUGCAGUCUCUCUUAAGUGGGAAAACAAGCUUCUAUAAACAGUACAACCCGUUCAGAAUGAUGCGGUGAUUAUGGAUUGUCAUAGUCUAUUUAAGAUUUAUAUCUUGUUUUGGAAGAUUAAGACCCAAGUGAGCAUUGUUGAAUAUAACUUGAGAUGACAGUUCUGUAAUCAGGAUGGCUGCUAUGGAGAAGCACCCCAAGGGAGCAACUACAAUUUGUUGAUGUUGUAUACAGUGUUUCAAUUGACUGUAUGUUGUUUUAAGAUGGGGUUUUUUUGUCUGAGAAGAAAUAUUCACCUUCAAUGAGCGUCAGAGACAUUGUCUUCAAGCUGAAAGACAUUGUGUGUGGUUCUUGUAGUCCUUUUAGUUGAUUUAUUCUCCAAAGUGAUUUCAUAGAAUAUUUCCUUCGAGUCCAAGCACGUAUAUACUGGAUCUCUCCAGAGUCAGAACAUGCUACUGUAAGAAAUACAUGAAGUUUAAUCUUCUUGAAAUAACAUAUCCUUAUAGGGUUUAUUUUUAUGAUUUCAUUAAAUAUGGUGUUUUAAGAACUAAAACCUUGAUAAUGGUUUGACAGAGAUUGAAAUACAACCUUUGGGAAAGGUAGUAGACUAUUGCUACAUGUUAAGGAUAUCAGCUCAUCCACGGAUGUACAAGUUGAUUACAAAAUAAGGAUAUCAGCUCAUCUACUGAACAGGUUCUCUACCUGUUAAAACGUGUACGUCUCUAGGUAUUCAGAGUAUGCCAACAACACUGAGUAAAGUACGCCAACAACACUGUGAGUAAAGUAUGCCAACAACACUGUGAGUAAAGUACGCCAACAACACUGAGUAAAGUACGCCAACAACACUGUGAGUAAAGUGUGCCAACAACACUGUGAGUAAAGUACGCCAACAACACUGUGAGUGGUGAUGCAACAACAGUGUACAUUGUAGAAAUCUAGUACAUGUAUUUAAGAAUAUCACCUCAUCUUUUAUCUUGCAUUUUAUUGUUGGAAAGAAUGCUGAAUAUGCAUGUUCUAUGUUUUUGAAAAAAAUCUAUUGUUUAAUGAAAAUAAAUACAAUCUUGACAAACCUUAA